UGUUUUGACGUGUUUUCCAUAGGUGAAAAUAUUUUCAGAUCUGCUGUUCAACUCAACAGUUCAGCGGAGGAAUAGUAAGAUCUGCAGGCAUUAUUUGAGCUGUGAAUGGGUGAAGCACGAUGGCAAAUGUUGAACACCUGCUCAACAGCUCACUGGAUGAACUGUUAGAAGCUGAACUAAAGAAGUUUCAGUGGUAUUUAACGAAGGACAAUAGAUGUAUUUCAAAAUCUGAAAUGGAGAAUGCAGACAGGCUGAAGACAGUGAAUAAGAUGGUGUCGUGUUUUGGACCAGAAAGAGCUGUGAAGAUCACAGUGAACAUCCUGCGGAAAAUAAAGCAGAAUCACUUGGCUGAUCAGCUGGAGAAUACACAGAAGCAAGAGAACUGUAAAUCCCCUCCUCCUGAUUACAUAAACAUCAGCCAUGAACUAAAGAAGAAAUUAAAGGAGGACUAUGAGCAGAUAUUGGUUGGUAAUUCCCAGACGGGUCGUCAGAAGUACCUGGAUGAUAUUUACACUGAUCUAUAUGUGGUAGAGAACGAGACCGGAGGAAAAGAGAAUGACCAUGAGGUGAUACAGAUAGAGUCAAAACACAACCAACAGGAUAAACCAAUCAAGUGUAAUGACAUGUUUAAAGUUCAGCCUGACACAGGUCGACAAAACAGAAGAGUCCUGACAUUGGGGAUCGCAGGAGUGGGUAAAACUGUCUCUGUCAAUAAAUUCAUCCUUGACUGGGCUGAAGGAAAAGACAAUCAGGAAAUAGUCUUCAUAUUUCCACUGCCUUUCCGUAGACUGAAUCUGAUUAAAAAAGAAAAGUACAGUCUCAUAGGUCUGCUUAACAAGUACUUCUUUAGUCGACCUGGAGGAUUGAGCUCUCUUCCUCAAGAACAAGGUAAGGUCAUGUUCAUCUUUGAUGGACUGGAUGAAUAUCGCUUUAAAUUGAACUUUAAGGAGGAGGAUGGAAUUACAGAUGUUGAUAAGGAAAUGACAGUGGGUGAGAUUAUAACGCAUCUCUUAAAGAGACAGUUUGUGCGCUCUUCCAUCAUCUGGAUCACAUCCAGACCAGCAGCAGCCAGUCUGAUACCGCAACAGCACAUUGAUCAGGUCACAGAGGUGCGAGGAUUCAAUGAUGAGCAGAAGGAGCAGUACUUCAUCAAAAACAGCAGUCCUGAUGUUGGUGGUAACUUCAUCCGUCACAUCAAGAAAUCUAGGAGUCUGUACAUCAUGUGCCACAUCCCUGUCUUCUGCUGGAUCUCUUUUACGGUUCUUCAGCCUCUGCUGGAUCAAGAGAGCAAUGGAAAAACACCUACAACUCUCACAGAGAUGUACACCAGCUUCUUACUGUCCCAAAAGCAACAGAUGAAAGAAAAAUACAGCAACAAUUCUAAAUGUAAAGUGAAUGCCAGGUCUUUUGAUCACAUUGUUCUGAAGCUUGGGAAACUGGCCUUUAAACAGCUGGAGGAAGGACAACUGAUUUUCUACAAAACAGAUCUGGAGAAGUGUGGCCUAGAUGUCAAGGAAGGGUCUGUGUUCUCUGGAUUAUGCACUCGAAUGUUUCAGGAGGAAAGCCCAGUUUCAGGGGAACAGGUUUACAGUUUUGUACAUCUCAGCGUUCAGGAGUUCAUUGCUGCUCUCUAUGUGUAUUAUACUUACAAAAACAAGAAAGCAAAUCUAUUUCUUGAUUCCAGGAAAAAGCAACUGACAUGGAAAUUCUCUAAAAAGCCCCUGUUUAAACUUCAUAUAGAUGCAGUCGAGAAGAGUUUACAAAGCAAGAACGGACACCUGGAUCUUUUCCUCCGGUUCCUGCUGGGUCUCUCUCUGGAGUCUAAUCAGAGUAACCUGAAGAAGCUUCUGCCAAGACUGAAACUCAAACCUGAAAACAUCAAAGACACGACUGACUAUAUCAAAGAGAAAAUAGAGGAGGAGAAAUCAGCAGAGAGGACCAUCAACCUCUUCUACUGUCUGAAUGAACUGAAUGAUGACUUUGUGGAGGAACUCCAGAAGAGUCUGAGCUCUGGAAAUCUUACAGCACAGGAUCUGUCCUCUGCUCAGUGGUCAGGUCUGGUGUUUGUGCUCCUGAUGUCAGAAGAGACUCAAGAGAAGUUUGAACUGCAGAAAUACAGAAGAUCUGAUGAAGCACUGACGAGACUGAUACCAGUGGUCAAAAACACGAGAAGAGCACUCCUACAAUGCUGUAAUCUCACUGCUCAGUGUUGUGAGUGUUUGUCUUCAGCUCUACAAUCAUCAAACUGUAUCCUGAGAGAGCUAGAUCUGAGUAACAAUGAGCUUCAGGAUUCAGGAGUGAAGCUUCUUUCUGAUGGACUGAAGAGUCCAAACUGUAAACUGAAGACACUGAGAUUUGUCAUGUGUAAACUCACUGCUGACUCUUGUGAGAGUUUGUCUUCAGCUCUACAAUCCUCAAACUGUGUCCUGAGAGAGCUGGACCUGAGUAUCAAUGACCUGGAGGAUUCAGGAGUGAAGCUUCUCUCUGAUUGGCUGAAGAGUCCAAACUGUAAACUGAAGACACUGAGAUUUGUCAUGUGUAAACUCACUGCUGACUCUUGUGAGAGUUUGUCAUCAGCUCUACAAUCCUCAAACUGUGUCCUGAGAGAGCUGGACCUGAGUAACAAUGACCUGCAGGAUUCAGGAGUGAAGCUUCUCUCUGAUGGACUGAAGAGUCCAAACUGUAAACUGGAGAAACUGAGAUUUGUCAUGUGCAAACUCACUGCUGACUCUUGUGAGAGUUUGUCUUCAGCUCUACAAUCCUCAAACUGUGUCCUGAAAGAGCUGGACCUGAGUAACAAUGACCUGCAGGAUUUAGGAGUGAAACUUCUUUCUGAUGGACUGAAGAGUUCAAACUGUCAACUGGAGACACUGAGAUUUGUUAUGUGUAAACUCACUGAUAAGUCCUGUGAGAGUUUGUCUUCAGCUCUACAAUCCUCAAACUAUAUCCUGAGAGAGCUGGACCUGAGUAAAAAUAACUUUCCGAAUUCAGGGUUAAAGCUUCUCUCUGAUGGACUGAAGAGUCCAAACUGUAAACUGAAGACACUGAGAUUUGUCAUGUGUAAACUCACUGAUGAGUCCUGUGAGAGUUUGUCUUCAGCUCUACAAUCCUCAAACUGUGUCCUGAGAGAGCUGGACCUGAGUAACAAUGACCUGCAGGAUUCAGGGGUGAAGCUUCUCUCUGAUGGACUGAUAAGUCCAAGCGGCAAACUAGAGACACUAAGAUUGGUCACAUGUUGUCUGACUGCUGACUCUUGUGAGAGUUUGUCUUCAGCUCUGCAAUCCUCAAACUGUGUCCUGAGAGUGCUGGACCUGAGUAACAAUGACCUGCAGGAUUCAGGAGUGAAGCUUCUCUCUGAUGGACUGAAGAUUCCAAACUGUAAACUAGAGACUCUGAGAUUGUCUGGCUGUAUGGUGACAGAGGAAGGCUGUGGUUUUCUGUCUUCAGCUCUGAGUUCAAACCCCUCACACCUGAGAGAGCUGGAUCUGAGCUACAAUCAUCCAGGAGAUUCAGGAGUCAAGCUACUCUCCCAAAAACUGGAGGAUCCAAACUACACACUGGACAAACUCAAUCUGGAUCAUGGAGAAGAUAAGAGGAUUACAGCAGGACCACGCAAAUAUGCCCGUUUCCUCACACUGGAUUCAAACACAGCAAACGCUAAACUCAUUCUGUCUGAGGAGAACAGAGAGGUGGAGUGUGUGUGGGAGGAACAGUCGCAUCCUGAUCACCCAGACAGAUUUGAUCAUCUUCAGGUGUUGUGCAGAGAGAGUGUGUGUGGACGCUGUUACUGGGAGACUGACUGGAGUGGAGAUCAUGUGUGUAUAUCAGUGUCAUACAAGAGAAUCAGGAGGAAGGGAGACAGUGUUGAGUGUUUGUUUGGAUAUAAUGAUCAGUCCUGGAGUUUGAGCUGCUUUUCCUCCAGUUGCUCAUUCAGACACAAUAACACAGAGGCUAAUCUCCCAGUACAGUCGAUCAGCAGUAGAAUAGGAGUGUUUGUGGAUCACAAUGCAGGAACUCUGAUCUUCUACAACAUCUAUAAAGACACAAUGAGCCCCAUCCACUCAGUCCAGACCACAUUCACUGAGCCACUCUAUCCUGGGUUUUGGGUUUAUCCUGGAUCAUCAGUGAAACUGUGCUGAAGACUGAGAGGCUGAGGAGAGAUUUACCCAUGUAAGAAUGGCAAAAUCUCUACAUAAUAUCAGACCCUGAGAACUUAUGGAAUUUCAUGAGAGGCAAUAAAACAUAAACUUUUUGAUCUGAGAGGAAGUUCAGGAAACCAGCUGUUCAACUGUUCUAUUCAAAUCAACCUGAGACGGUUGACAAUAGGCUGGAAACGCAGAGCUACACCUCACCAGGGGGGAAUGCAAGAAAGUUCACCCUUCUCCUUUCACCUCAAUCCCCCCUUCUUGACCUUUAAGUAACCUUCUGAUCAGAGCACGUCACAUAAAAUGUCCAUGGUUUUAAUAUGGUGUAUCUUGUAGCCUUAUAUUCAUGUUUGGUCUCAUUUAAAAUGUCUCUGUGUGAUUGGUAAUGUGGUCCAAAUGUCACUGUAAUAUUUCGCUGGUGUAUGUUGAUUUGGUUUUUGGAUAAAGUCUCUCCAAGAUGCUCCCCCCUCUAGAGAUGAUUACCACCUCAAACUCACCAGGCAAGGGUCUCGGUGACGCUUCUAUUAUCUUGAAUUUAUGGCUGUUUGUUCUGAGUUGAGUAUUUAAAGCAGGGGUCACCAAACUUGUUCCUGGAUGGCCGGUGUCCUGAAGAUUUUAGCUCCAACCCUAAUCAAACGCACCUGAACAAGCUAAUCAAGGUCUUACUAGUUAUACUUGAAACACCAAGGCAGGUGUGUUGAGGCAAGUUGGAGCUAAGACAGGGACACCGGCCCUCCUGGACCGAGAUUGGUGACCCCUGAUUUAAAGGAAAUGUUGACAAAUAUCACUGGGAUCUUGUAGCCAAGACACCCCGUUGCAGCAUCUCUGAGACUUAUGCUGCAACGUACUUCUCUGGUCAGGUAUGCAUCUCUAACUCUUUGAUUUAUCUUUGAGUAAUGGAUGUUGUAUUUUUACAGUGCCAUCUCUGAAUUGGCUUUCUGGUCGUUUCAUUGUGUAGUUGGCAUAAUACAAUUUUACCCGACAAAUAAAAUGUUAAGUUUUGAUUCAUUCCGAAUUCUCUUGAAAUCUUUUGUAUCCAGUAGAUUAAGUGGAGUCUUGCGCUACCUUGAUGAUUCGACAUAAUUAGAUUCGAUUCUAGGACACAUUUGACUGUAGGAAGCAGAAUGGCACGACAGCAUGGAGAUCUAUAAUCAUCUAAUCGCUGAAAUUAGCAAGUUGUAUGGAAGUGGCUAAAUCUACUACUUUUUAAGGAUAUGAGUGAGCAGUUGGCAACCAGGCUAUUUAAGUAUUAGCUAACCCUACAUCCUCUGACUAACUUCACAGUGUCGACAUACUGUCAGUGAGAAGACACGCAACACUUGAAGACACGCUCGCAUCACUUGACUGCGUGAGACCAAUCGAGGAUCAAAACAGGACCGCUCUGGACAGAAAUUUAAAACAUGGAGCAAUCGCUCACUUUUUUUAAUGUCUAAUCAGCUUGUUUAAUCCCGCCCCUUUUCGCAGCGCCGCACGACAGAAUUUCGCCCACACAAAGCCCAAUGUGACCGCAGCUUUAGACCUUGAUUAGCUUAUUCAGGU